AUGAGUAGUGAGAAAAGAGGUAUCCUUGAGCGUCUGAAUGCUGGGGAGGUGGUGAUCGGCGAUGGAGGCUUCGUGUUUGCCCUCGAGAAAAGAGGCUACGUGAAGGCCGGGCCAUGGACUCCUGAGGCUACUGUCACACACCCUGAGGCCGUGCGGCAGCUGCACAGGGAGUUCCUGAGGGCAGGCUCUAAUGUGAUGCAGACAUUCACGUUCUACGCCAGCGAUGACAAAUUGGAGAACAGGGGUCAGAACUUGAAACUCUCUGGGGCACAAAUCAACGAGGCAGCCUGUGACCUGGCAAAGGAAGUAGCCAGUGAAGGAGACGCACUGGUAGCCGGUGGAGUGUGUCAGACUCCAUCCUACCUGAGCUGCAAGAGUGAGACAGAAGUGAAGGCCGUCUUUAAGAAGCAGCUGGAGGUGUUCAUGAAGAACAACGUGGAUUUCCUGAUUGCUGAGUACUUUGAGCAUGUUGAGGAGGCGGAGUGGGCUGUGCAGGUGCUGAAGACCACCGGAAAGCCUGUAGCUGCUUCUAUGUGCAUCGGACCGGAUGGAGAUAUGCACGGCAUCUCACCUGGAGAGUGUGCUGUCAGGCUGGUGAAGGCCGGCGCCCAGAUUGUGGGAAUCAACUGCCACUUUGACCCCAUGACCUGCGUGAAGACUGUCAAGAUGAUGAAGGAGGGAGUGGAGAAGGCCAGGCUGAAGGCUCAUUACAUGGUGCAGCCCCUGGCAUACCACACCCCCGACUGCAGCUGUCAGGGAUUCAUCGAUCUGCCAGAAUUCCCCUUCGCCCUGGAGCCCAGGAUCCUGACCCGCUGGGACAUGCACAAGUACGCCAGAGAGUCCUAUAAGGCUGGCAUCCGCUUCAUUGGUGGCUGCUGUGGAUUUGAGCCCUAUCACAUCAGGGCUAUAGCAGAGGAGCUGGCCUCUGAGAGAGGAAUAGUGGCCCCGGGCUCAGAGAAACAUGGCAUGUGGGGUGCUGGUCUGGAGAUGCACACCAAACCCUGGGUCCGAGCCAGGGCCCGUCGUGACUACUGGGAGAAUCUGUCUCCGGCAUCUGGUCGUCCCAAGUGUCCGUCCAUGUCUUCACCAGAGGGCUGGGGUGUGACCAAGGGCCACACUGAACUGAUGCAGCACAAAGAGGCUACCAGCAGCCAGGAAAUGAAGCAUGUGAUGGACAUGCAGAAGAAGGUCAAGUCAUCUGCAUGA